ACGGGAUCCUACACGAUUGAAUUACCAUCUCACGUGCGACGGAGCCUAAAGGGCUGGAUGUCGCUCGUGAUGUGCUCUGGUCAAAUUUGGGCGACAAUACCCAGGACUACAUAUGGAGCCAGAAGGAGCCUCGUUCGCUAGCCUCGACGUCUUUGACAGACACCGCCUAACGAGACUCCACCUCCAAUGUCUCCUCGAACCACAGAGCUCGACAGGUUCUUCCCGCUCCCAUCAGAAGCGCCUUCCAAUAAGGCUCCAGUACGCCUCGCUGGUUUCUCCCACAAGUCUGGCGAGGCACUUGCCAAGGUGCUACAGGACAACCAUAUCAAAUGGCACGCGUUUUUCAACGACUUGGGUUUCCACAACCAUGCUUCUCACCACCUCGUGGCCAUCUACGCCCUCGGCGCAAACAGUACGCUCGUCGAGGCAGCGUACCAAACGCACGUAGAGUACAUGCGGCCAGCGUUUGAGUCUCCAGAGCCAGUGAACGCGACGAAUGUUUGGAAGCACCUUGGCAAACGCGAGUUCUACAAUUCAUACCUCGAGUUCUUCAGGGAUCUCCUAUUGAAGAGGGAUGUCACCGCAGUCCUUGAGGAAUACAUCUUUUCCGCCAAGGCUAACAUCGGCGGCUCUGAUACCGAAGGGCAGCCAAGAAUGCUCAACCGGUUCUUUGCGGCGCUCGUCCAUCCGAUGAUCCACACCGGAAACGGCCUAGAGAUCGGCAUGCUGGGCCUUGUCGCGGAGGGUCUUGCUCAGGCAGCAACCCACGGGGACGACGGCGAUCGGCUCAUCCCACCCUCGCUCUUCGAAUCGCAGUCUACAUCAGCACCGUCGGCCGUCGCUCGCCUCACUGCUCUACUUCCGUCGCUCACGCUCAGCGCAGACCCCUCUGCCAACGGGAAGGCGCCAGUCGGUGGGAAGAAAGCUGGUAUCCACGCCUUCACGGCCCUCGCGCGUAUCCUCGCCGAUCCCAGGUUUGCGCCCGCGGCGUUGGGCCUGCCGAUUCCGCAGGGACAAUCGCACAUCGAUCGCGUCCAGACACAUGUCGGGGAAGCUCUGAUUGACAUCGUUGCUGAGUGGGCCGCCGAGCUCGAAGGUGACGAUGUGUCGGCUGCGGUCAUUGCGAAGAAGAUCGAAGAGGUCGCCUGGCUGAACGCCCUCAUCUACGGAGUGGGUGGUUGGGGCGGCCGGCAGAGGUCCCAGAACAAAGAGUUCAAUGCGGACUUCUUCAGCAUGCAUUUGGUGACCUCGAGCAUCUUCCUCCCAUCGCUCGUCGCCUACCUCUCGCCCCGGUCUGCCACGAUUCUGCUUCGAGGAUACUUUACCUUCUCCCUCGCGUGGUACAUUGGCCGUGGCCGUCCCGCCAUCCCUGUCCGCGCGUUCUAUGAGGGAACAACGGACAAGCUUGUCCCGCCUGGAGAGCCGCAGGUCGCCCCGGCAGACACAACGCUCACUCCCGAGGACGUAUCGCCAAACCCGUGGCUUCCGAUCAUUCAAUCAACUCUGGUCCAUCCCUCGGAGCAUCUGUGCAAACUGCAACGCGCUCUGCUGCACAACGCGACCGUGUACGGAGCGCGAGGCGCAGGCGAGUUCGCUGGGACAGAGCUGGAGGGUGCUGAACUUCUGGAUGGGACUCUCUUCAUCCGUGCCGCCGGACUGACGGCCAAUGCCAUUGGAUGGUUGAAGGAGGGGCAGAAGGCCCGGGAGUGGGAUCGCUCUGGCUUCUAUUGAGCUUGUUCCUGCCGCCGGUUUCUUGGUCAUCGUUAAGGCAAUGUAUGCGUAGCAACCUGUAUCUCAUCUCACUGUUCUCAAGCAGGAAACACCCAGCACUGUAUGGCGCCCGGUUGCCAGAUCCCGCUAUGCAUACGGGCAACUCUAGCCAAAGUCAGCAGCAAACCUGAUAAUACCUGGUCACACCUGAUACGUAUGGGCAGACUCCACCAUCCAUUUAUACCAUUCC